AUCCAACGUGAGCGUUUUCAUCGAGGCGAUAGUCUCACAGGGACACGUUUCUUUCUCAUCUUUGAAUCAUAACUACGAUGACUACGAGAUAUGCCAAGGAUCAGCCACACGGCUUCACUAACCGUAUCGAGAGGGUGGCUAUUGUCGGGGCCGGCGGUCAGAUAGGAAAGGUCCUAGCCGAACAUCUCCUAAAGAACGAAAAGCAUGUCGUGACGGUUAUUACACGACCUAGCAGCACAAAUAAGUUACCUGAGGGCCUUCAAGUCUCUCGAGUUGAUUACACUGGCGAAGAUGACACGGCGUUGGUCGAAGUGCUUCGGGGUCAGCAAGUCUUGAUCAUCUCCAUGUCCGUUCAUGCGCCGCGGGACAGUGUCAGCAAGCUCGUACACGCAGCCGCUAAAGCUGCCGUGCCAUACGUUAUGCCCAAUUGGUUCGGCCACGAUGCCAACAACGACGCCCUUUGCAACGAUAGUAUUCUAAGCUUGAUCCGCGACAAUAGUCUCUCCGAGAUCAAGAGCCUCGGAGUUAGUUCGUAUUUGUUACUCGUGUGUAACCUUUGGUACGAAUUCAGCCUAGGCGGGGGCCCAGAUCGAUUCGGUUUCGACUUCAACAAGCGUACCUUCGUCGAAUUCGGCGACGGAAAUAUAUCGAUCAACACGACAACUUGGUCACAGUGCGGGCGCGCCGUGGCAAGCCUCCUAAGCUUAAAAGAACUCCCCGAAGACGAAACAGACCAGUCGCCGACGUUGUCCCAGUUCCGAAACAACUGCAUUUACAUAUCAAGCUUCCGCCUCACGCAGCGUGAUAUGUUUAAGAGCGUGAAACGUACAACAAACACCACAGAUGCUGAUUGGACCAUUACUCGCGAGUCGGCCGAGCAGCGGUGGAGAGAGGGUCGUGAGGCUGUCAAACAAGGAGACUGGAAGCCCUUUGUUAAGGUUCUAUAUAGUCGCAUAUUUUUCCCUAACGGCGGUGGGGAUUAUCAGUCUAAGCGGGGUCUCGAUAAUACAAUUCUUAACUUGCCUGUGGAGGAUUUAGAUGAAGCCACAGCGAUUGGUAUCCAAAUGGGGAUGAGUGGCGAUGUGCCCUUCUCACAUUGAGAGAAGAGUCAUACCGUAUUUCGGGUUUCUACUAUCUAGACAUGUCGUUGCCAUUUAUAAGUACCUAGGUAUGUACCCGUUUUUACAUGUCGUUAUGACUGGUACAGUGUUAUUUGUACUAUCCAUAACCUAUUAAGGAGUAGUACUCGAGUUUCCGCAACACAUCAAAAAUGAAGCCAAAAAAUUGUGAUGAUGUUCAAAAUAAACUGCUGUCAACCAA